UUGGCCACACCGUCUGGGCCUGAGCCCCCGGCGGGGUAAUUAACGAGGGAUUAAUGAGAUUUCCAAAGUCAACAGAAAAAUCGAUGGGCCCGGGAGCCCGAGCGGCGGCUGCGCAGUCCUGCGGGGGAAGGGCGUCGGGGGCAUCGGUCCGGGCGCGGGAGCCUCACCUGGACUGACGAUCAGCGCUGCGCCCGCAGUCGGCGGUCAGUAGGCGGCAAUGCCUGCCCAAGCCUCAGCUUCUGCCGAGGCUCUACCCAUGCCUUCUCCAGAGGUACAGGAGGCUGAAGCAAACCCAGACAAGGAGAGCCAAGUAGACAUGGGGACCGAGGAGACAGGGACUGCUGCCCCACCCCGGCAGAAGUCCUGGCUGGUGCGGCACUUCUCACUGCUUCUGCGGCGGGACCGGCAGGCCCAGAAGGCCGGGCAGCUCUUCUCCGGGCUCCUGGCCCUGAACGUGGUGUUCCUGGGUGGGGCCUUCAUCUGCAGCAUGAUCUUCAACAAGGUGGCCAUCACCCUGGGCGAUGUCUGGAUCCUUCUGGCCGCGCUGAAAGUUCUCUCCCUCCUCUGGCUUCUCUACUACAUGGCUGGUACCAUCCGCCGGCCACAUGCUGUGCUCUAUCAGGACGCUCAUGCGGGACCCAUCUGGGUGCGGGGCUCCCUGGUGCUCUUCGGCAGCUGCACGGUCUGCCUCAACGCCUUCCGCGUGGGCUACGACGUGAGCCACAUCCACUGCAAGUCUCAGCUCGAAAUUGUCUUCCCUGUCAUCGAAAUGGUCUUCAUCAGCAUCCAGACCUGGGUGCUCUGGAAACACUGUAAGGACUGUGUUCAGGUCCAGACCAACUUCACGAGGUGUGGCCUGAUGCUAACCCUGGCCACAAACCUGCUGCUGUGGGUUCUGGCCAUCACCAAUGACUCCGUACACCGAGAGAUCGAGGCUGAGCUCAGCGACCUUGUGGAAAAGUUCUCAGGCGAUGAGAACACCACCUGUCUGUGCCUCAACGCCACUGUGUGUGCGGCCUUCCGGAAGGGCUACCUGAUGCUGUUCCCCUUCAGCACCGAGUACUGCCUCAUCUGCUGCGCCGUGCUGUUCGUCAUGUGGAAGAAUGUGGGCCGCCGCCUGGCACACCACGCGGGCGGCCACCCCAGCACCCCGCCCUUCCACCUGCACGGGGUCAUCUUCGGGCCCUUGCUGGGUCUGCUGACACUGGUGGCAGGCGUGUGCGUCUUUGUGCUCUUCCAGAUCGAGGCAAGUGGCCCUGCCAUUGCCCCCCAGUACUUCAGCCUCUACUAUGCCUUCUAUGUGGCCGUGCUGCCCAUCAUGAGCCUGGCGUGCCUGGCGGGCACGGCUAUCCAUGGGCUGGAGGAGCGGGAGCUGGACACACUCAAGAACCCCACCCGCAGCCUGGAUGUGGUGCUGCUGAUGGGCGCCGCGCUGGGCCAGGUAGGCAUUGCCUACUUCUCCAUCGUGGCCGUGGUGGCCACCCGCCCGAGUGAGUCGCUCAACCGCCUGAUGCUGGCCUACUCGCUGCUGCUCAUCCUGCAGCACAUUGCCCAGAACGUCUUCAUCAUUGAAGGCCUGCACCGCCGCCCAGUCUGGGAAGCAGCUCCCGAGGGCUCAUUGGGGAAGGGAGAGGCCCAGCCUCCCCGCAGGGGCUCCCUGCUGGAGCUGGGCCAGGACCUCCGGCGGGCCUCGCUGGCCUACAUUCACUCCUACAGCCACCUCAACUGGAAGCGACGGGCACUCAAGGAGAUCUCUCUCUUCCUCAUCCUCUGCAAUAUCACACUGUGGAUGAUGCCUGCAUUUGGCAUACACCCGGAGUUUGAGAAUGGGCUGGAAAAGGAUUUCUAUGGCUACCGGACGUGGUUCACCAUCGUCAACUUCGGCCUGCCUCUGGGAGUCUUUUACCGCAUGCACUCUGUGGGAGGGCUGGUGGAGGUCUACCUGGGGGCCUGAAUCUGCCCAAGAAACUCACCCCAGCAGAACCCUAAAGU